CUACAGGGAAACAAAUAAAAAGGAAACCAGAAGCUGCUUGUUAAGUCUCCUUAGCAUUUACCCGGAGCAGAGGAGGAAGAUUUCUGAAGACAGGCAGCCUGAACCGGGCUCUUCAGAGCAGCUGAGAAUUGCACGGCAAACAUGAGUGAGAUCACUAAGAAUUUCUUAGAAAGCAGCCUACAGCAACUGAAAUGCCAUUUCACCUGGAACAUGUUAGAGGGAGAAAACUCCCUGGAUGAUUUUGAGGACAAAGUGUUUCACCGGACUGAGUUUCAGAACAGUGAAUUCAAAGCGACAUUGUGCAACAUACAGGCCUACGUAAAGCACUGCAGAGGCCAGAACGAAGCAGCCCUGGAAUGCUUAUGGCGAGCUGAAGACUUCAUCCAGCGAGAGCACGCUGGCCAGGCAGAAAUCAGAAGCCUGGUGACCUGGGGAAACUAUGCCUGGGUCUACUAUCACAUGGACCGACUCUCAGAAGCUCAGAUGUAUGUAGAGAAGGUGAAGCGUGUCUGUGAAAAGUUUUCCAGUCCCUAUAGAAUUGAGAGUCCUGAGCUUGACUGUGACGAAGGGUGGACACGGCUAAAGUGUGGAGGAAAGCAAAACGAAAGGGCAAAGAUGUGUUUCGAGAAGGCUCUGGAAAAGAACCCAAAGAACCCAGAAUUCACCUCUGGACUGGCAAUCGUGAACUUCCGUCUAGAUAACCGGCCGCCCUCUCAGAACUCCAUUGACCCUCUAAGGCAAGCCAUUCAGCUGAAUCCUGAUAACCAGUAUGUCAAAGUCCUGCUGGCUCUGAAACUUCACCAGAUGAAUGAAGAAGAUGAAGGAGAGAGGUUAGUUGAAGAAGCCUUGGCAAAAGCCCCAAGGGCAACAGAUGUACUUCGCAGUGCAGCAAAGCUUUAUCGAAGAAAAAAUGACCCAGACAGAGCAAUCGAACUGCUCAGAGAGGCUUUAGAAUACAUGCCAGGCAAUGCCUAUCUGCAUUGCCACAUUGGGUGCUGCUAUAGGGCAAAAGUCCUUGAAAUAAUAAAAGAAAGAGAGUACAAAAUGUGUGGGAAAAGAGAAAAGUUGCUGGAACUAGUAGGACAAGCUGUGGCUCAUUUGAAAAUAGCUGAUGAGACCAACGAAAAUCUCUUUCAUGUCUGUUCCUUUCUUGCCAGCCUCCACGCUAUAGCAGAUCAGUAUGAAGAGGCAGAGUAUUACUUCCAGAAAGAAUUCAGCAAAGAGCUUACUCCUGUUGCGAAACAAGUUCUCCAUUUGCAGUAUGGCAACUUUCAGCUGUAUCAACUGAGGUGUGAAGACAAGGCCAUCCACCACUUUAUAGAAGGUGUAAAAAUAAACCAGCAAUCAAAAGAGAAAGAAAAGAUAAAAAACAAACUCCAAAAAAUUGCCAAAAUGAAGCUUUCCAAGAACAAAGCUGAUUCUAAGGCUUUGCAUAUCCUGGCAGUCCUUCAGGAGCUGAAUGAAAAAAUGUAGCCACUAAAUGAAGACUCAGAGGGAUUUGGACUCUGGAACCGUUAGACUUUCAGCAUCUUCAGCUGAGCCAGGGAAUGAGGAAUAGAGAUAUAAUGCCCAUAGGGUUACUGCUGAAAGGGAGCUGAAACUCCUCCACCAAAUCAGUAUUCCAAAUAUUUAACUGGUGAUAUGUCCUAUGCAUAGAUUAAGACACUGACAAUAGCCCUAGAUCAAGGUUAUGGGAGAACCCUGCUGUGCCAUGUAUUAACAUCUGAGUUGCUGGAUCAUGGGAAAAUCCAGAGAGUUCUGGGAAAGGGACCAGAUUGCAGGGUAGGUCCAGGGGAUUGGUGAUGGGGUUAUUUCCCAGUUGAUCUCCUGAGGGCAGUUUGCACUGUAACAUUCCCUUAUCAUCAUGGUGGAGUGAUGCCAUGGGCUUGUGUUUAUAUAAACCAGCCGGAUCCUUCGCAUGUAAUACUGAGGUCCACUUUUGUAUAGUUUUCCAUCCUUGGAGUCAUUUAGAUCCCAUAGAGGUUGGUCCCACACAGACACAAUUUUCACCUUUUUAGCCACAAUUAAGAAGUUUUUUUUAGGGCGGCGCCUGUGGCUCAAAGGAGUAGGGCGCUGGUCCCAUAUGCCAGAGGUGGUGGGUUCAAACCCAGCCCUGGCCAAAACUGCAAAAAAAAAAAAAAAAAAAAAUAUAUAUAUAUAUAUAUGAGAAAAAAAAGAAAUUUUUUUUAUAAGAUGGAGACUUGCUUAGUUCAAAAGGCUUCAGAUGGUAGGAAACCGACAGAAUGGGAGAAUAUCUUGGUGAUGAAAGGCCUAGUGAAAGGUUGUAAGAAAUGCCAUUGACCGUGGGAGGUGGGUUUUUCCUCCCAUUGGAAAUAUGCAGUAGGUCAUAUAAAUACUCCCUUCAACUCUGAAAUCUUCAGGGAAACCACAUUUGUGGUAUCCUUGGGACAAUAGGGUUUUCUAAGUAGAUACUGAAUGCCUAAAUAUCAAGGUUGGUUGAACCAAAAUAGUCAGCUGACCCAGCAUGAGACCUUCAGCUGUGCUCUGGGCUGGAGAAUGUUUGCCUGUUGAAACUACUUUAAAUAUAAGUGCAUAUCAACCUUCUUUUAUUAAGCAAUUCAAACAUAAAAGUUUUUUUUAAUUAAAAAUUCUAAUUAGUGUAACAAUGAUUUUCAUGUUAUUUUUGUAUUAAAAUAUUAUGUGCAUUUGAGACCAUCUGUAUUAAAACACUAUGUGCAUUUGAGACCAUGCUUUGAAGUUCUGAAAAAGUCAUAUAUUUCACUAAUAAAUAACUUAGAUGUGA